AGUGUAAAAUUAGUUUACAGGUUUCACUUAUGACGUGACAAGUUGGCUCGUUAGGGCAGGAGACGCUGCUGCUUCUGACUGAAUGAGUUUAACUGUUGGAAGCUAAGCUAGCCGUUAGCAUCCAGCUCCAUUCACUGAGCAGAGCCACUAGGCGAGGUGUAGGGUAAAUACUAGUAGAGGACGUGGGAUUAUUCUGGGGGAUCGAUGGGUGUGAAGGGUCUGCAGAGCUUCAUGCAGCGCUGCUGUCCAGAAAUGUGUGUGCCUGUGAACCUCAGAGAGAUGGCCUCACAACAUGUUGCCAGUAACACAGCCACAGCCCACAGCACAGGUCCCACACUCGUUGUGGACGGGAUGGCUUGUCUCCGCAACUGGUACACGUGUGAGAACUGGGUCUGUGGGGGGCAGUGGAGGGAAUACAUGGAUGUACUGAAGAGCUGGGUGGAGGCGUUCAACUCCACCGGCAUAAGACUGGUCUUCUUCUUUGAUGGAGUGGUGGAAGAGCAGAAGAGACGAGAGUGGGUGAAGAGGAGACACAGAGUGAACGGGCAGAUUUCAAAAAUAUUUCGGCACAUCAAGGAACACGGAGAGCAGCCUGGGAGACAGCUCUUCUGUCUGCCCUCUGGUCUGGCAACAUUCACAUCCUUUGCUCUCAGGUCCUUGGGGCACGAAGUGUUUUGCUCAGUGCAGGAGGCUGACUUUGAAAUUGCCAGCUACGCUCGUCAGCAUUGCUGCAUGGGUAUCCUGGGACAGGACUCAGACUUCAUCAUAUAUGACAGUGCCCCCUACAUGUCGCUGGAAAAGCUGCGGAUAAACAGCCUCACCACCGUCCUGUACGACCAACAGAGGUUCUGCCGAGUCAUCGGACUAGCUGUCACCCAGCUACCACUGCUGGCUUGUCUCCUUGGUAAUGACGUGGUGGCAACGGAGCAGAUGCAGCACAUCAGGAACAACGCCAUAGCAACAUACAGGAAAAACAAUCCUGCACCAGACCAUGGUGCUCCACAGGUGGAAAUGGUCCUAGCUGUAUCCCAGUAUGUGAGCUCUUUGUGGGGCGGAGAGGAGGAAGAGACUGAGCACAUCCUUCAAUGCAUGAAUCUGUCGGCUCCUCACCGAGAGCUACUGAAGAGAGGGAUCUGCUCCUACUUGCUACCUGGACAGGAAGCCCUGCUGAGAGGUGACAUCUCUUCAAGUCCCUCCGCCUGUGCCAUGGAGAAAUAUGUUAGUCCAGAAACAUUAAAAGAAUGCAGAGAGAAGCAUGUAGCAACAGAGGGUUUUAUGGUUUACCCUGUUUUGUGUGAGGGGGUCGUCGAAUGUAGCAACACUUUGGAGGAUGAGGAGGAUGCUGAACUGUUGCCCCAGGCUCUAGUCUUCAAACCCUGCAGACAGCGCAUCUAUGGACUGCUGCUUGGUCAUGAUGGCAGCACUGUUGACAAUCCAGCUAUCAGGGAAUGGUUUGUCUUCCCCGGAAACCAAUUGAAGGAACCUGACAUGGUCCAUCCUCUCCCAAUCAGCCUCCCGGGUGGUGUUCCCAGUUUGGACUUGUUGUGGUUCGGCACUGGUUCUGAUGUUACAUCCCUUCGUCUGACGUCCUUUCUUACAAUACUUGACUGCCAGGACUUCACUGAGUUGUACGGCACCAUUGAAGUCUCUCUCCUGGCUGUGCUCUGUCUGGUCACUUACAUAGUCCUGCAGGUACCGGCUGUAUCUCAAGAGGACGUUGAUGCUUACCUUAGUCAGGGCGUCUGUCUGAGCAUGAAAUCUCUACAGGAGCUUCAUUACAUCAAGCUGCCUUUCCUCUCCAGUCGUGCGGUACAGCUGGGAUCUCUCUAUGUCAGAGGACUGAGCAACCUGUUGGGUGCCAACUGUGCCAGUGGCUACCCGCUGCCCAACACUGCCCUGAUGCCCUGGCACAGUUUUGAUGGACAGCUGUUCCAGUCAAAGUACCUGCUGGCACAUAGUGGGACAGAGACGACUUUGCUGCUGGACAGUGACUCAUCCUGUCUAUCCCUGUUUCUCCACCUGAGAGGGAAACUCAUAGAAACCUGCAGGAAGCAAGGCAGAGUCCUGCAGUCCAGACCAAGACCCAACGCACCAGAUCUAAGUCGUAAAACCACUUCAGCACGGGGAUACAGAGAGACACAUGCAGGUUGGACCUCUGGUGGUGGUGAGUGGUGGAGGACGACAGGAGAGGUGAGAGGGGAGCAGCGACAUGAAGGUGGAUGGAGUGAGAGAGGAGAGGAAAGAAGAGACCGACGUGAAAAUGUCAACAGAGAGAGACUGGGGGAGAGAGGAGGACACGGAGGAGGAGGCCAUAAUUUUCAACCUCAUUCUUAUUCUGACCAUCACAGUGGAGGUCGCCACAACAUGAGCCAUCUUCCUAGACAGUCCAGAGGUAGAUCUUAUCGCAGCAGAGGAAGAUACCAACUGGCUCCCAGAUGGUCCCAGCCACCUGCACCAGGAACAUAACUCGACCCUGAACAGAGAGCAGAGGAUUAGUGGAGAGGGUUUGAGGAGUUAAGAGGAUAGGAAAGUCGGGAUGAAAGCAGAGAAGGAAUCAGAUUUCUGUGAACAAACUGAUUAGUGAAUUAGCCGUCAGGAAUGUUUGUCUAAAGGAUGCAUUAGGUAGAUAACUGGGUAUUAAUAGGAGUCAGAGUGUAGAGGUUGGGAAAAGUUUAAAUCAUUCGCCAGUUUAAACUGAAAUUGUCUUUUUGUUUUUUCUUUAAAAAUAUCCUGUUGGGAUCCUUUACCUCAGGGAGAUAUUUUGUGUACUAGUAGUCUGUGUUAGUUUGAAGGAGAAAUAACAGCACAAAGGAGAAUUCGGCAAACAAACACAGAAAUUCUUUGCAGUGAGAAGUGGAUUAAUGGUUAAUCCUCAAGCCUGUUUUCACCUCUUAUCUUUGACUAUAAAAGGCCAAGGAUCUUAAAAGCUUUGUGUAUCCAGCACCAUAAUCCUUUAAAUAGUAAUGGUCUGAUAUUCGAUACAGGAGCUCUCGUAUCGAAUAUCAGCUGAAACAGGACAUUAGUGCUAAAUGUUUGUACACCUCUAUAUUCUGUUUCCAGGCACCUUUUGUGAGUCCAAAACUAAAAUUGAGGCAACUACAGUUUCUUUUUCUUUAUUCACAGGAGGAUGUUGGCUGUUUGUAAGAGAUACUAAUAGAUUUUAAACUGUUAUGAUUUUAAUAUCAUGAUACUAAGCACUAGUGUCCGACCGAUAUAUCAGUGACCAGAUAAUAUCGCCUUUCACAGACAUGUCAGUAUUCCUUUGUUUGCCUGUAUGUGUAAACAUGACAACUUUUAUUUUACAGGAUAAACAAUUCAGAUAAAAUAUU